AUGAAGCUCGACUGGACCAAGGUUGGCUCCCAACUUGGUCUACGUGGCAGCACGGCAACAGCUCUAGCCAACUUCAAGAAGCGAAACGAUGACGCUCGCCGCCGAGUGCAGGUUCUGCAGGAGCAACCCACAACCAUCGAUUUCGGCCACUACCGAUCAAUUCUGAAGAACACCGCGGUCAUUGACGAGAUCGAGCAAUAUUAUAAAACUUUCCAGCCCAAGACCUACGACGUCAGCAAGCAGAUCAAGGCCAUUGAGAGUUUUGAACAGGUCGCCAUCAAGAAUGCUGAGGAGACCAAGACAAAGGUCGAGGUUGAGUUGAGAAGCUUGGAGAAGGCGUUAGCCGAUAUCGAGGGCGCCAGGCCUUGGGACGAGACCACCGUGGACGAGCUUGCAAAGGCCGAGCCCGAGAUCGAUGAGUACACGGCAAGGUUGGUCAAGAACGGAAGAUGGAUGCCACCCGGAUACCAGGAGAGAUUCCCCAACCUGUCUGUUCUGUAG